CAACAUGGCGACACAGUGCUGAGAAAGCAGUGCUGAAUUACCCCUGACUGAGCCACGGGUCUCGUUGGCCUGGUUGUGAUAGCCACCGACACCUGCAGAAAAGCAGGGGCAGGCCGACCAUGACGGCCUGAAAACAAAGCGCCCAUUCGAUUGAGAGAUGAAAGAACAGCAAGGUCUUGAUCAUUAUCGACAGCAGACGCAGUCAGGGAGCACGAAAACGAAGAGCAUGUUUCUGUCUCGGGCUCUGGAAAAAAUCUUGUCGGAUAAGGAGGUGAAGCGCAGCCAACAUAGCCAGCUGCGUAAGGCUUGUCAAGUGGCGCUCGAUGAAAUAAAAAAUGAGCUGGAAAAGCAAAAGGACGGCACUGUGGUCCCUCCUCGAGCCAACUACAUUGAAGCAGACAAGUAUGUCCUACCCUUCGAACUUGCAUGUCAAUCAAAGUCCCCGCGUAUCGUCAGCACCUCCUUGGACUGCUUACAGAAACUCAUAGCCUAUGGCCACAUUACGGGAAAUGCCCCAGACAGUGGAGCUCCUGGGAAGCGUCUUAUCGACCGUUUGGUGGAGACCAUUUGUAACUGUUUUCAGGGUCCACAGACUGAUGAGGGUGUCCAAUUACAAAUCAUCAAGGCACUUCUCACAGCAGUGACCUCACCACACAUCGAGAUCCAUGAGGGAACCAUUCUCCUCACAGUGCGAACCUGUUACAACAUUUACUUGGCUAGUCGCAACCUCAUCAACCAGACCACAGCCAAAGCCACGCUCACACAGAUGUUGAAUGUCAUCUUCACUCGCAUGGAGAACCAGGCGGCUAUAGAGGCUCAGGAACAGGAGAAAGAGAGGCAGCGUCUGCACCCACAGAAUCCUUCCCCUGGAUCCCGAAAUCCAUCUCCUGUCCCAGGACGAGUGUCUGGGUCUCCGCAGCCUGGACACACACCCUCUGAACAAAAUGGGCCUCCUUCACCUUCUCCAAACACUCCGGAGCUCACCACAACACCUUCCACCCCACAGGACACAUCCUCCAUCAAUGGUCAAGCAGAGGACAGCCAGGCCGAGACUGAAGAAGGAGUCACCACAGAAGAGCAACACAAAGAGGAGGAUUCUCAUCCAGCUCCCGAGACACAGGAGUCAGGUCCAUGUGUGUCCCAACCAACAGCAGAGGGAGAGAGUGAGAAUGAGGAGCCGCAUCCACAGGAGGAGUCAGCAAUAGAUCCUUCCAUAGAGCCCCAGGAGGAGGUCGAGCCAGACAGUGGACUGGGCUUGGAUCAGCACUCUGACUCUGAGAUUAAGCAGCCAGAGGUAGCGCCCCCUCCUGUCAGAACAGACACUCAGCAGAUGAAUGGUAUUGUGGAUGACCGGGCCUCUGUCUCUUCAACAGACAUCCUGGAUGCAGAGGCAAUGCAGGCCACCCAGACAGCAACUCGAUUUUCUCACAUCCUGCAGAAAGAUGCUUUCCUGGUCUUCCGCUCUCUCUGCAAACUCUCAAUGAAGCCGCUGGCAGAUGGGCCACCAGAUCCCAAGUCUCAUGAGCUGAGGUCCAAGGUGGUGUCUCUCCAGCUGCUCUUGUCAGUGCUUCAGGGUGCUGGGCCUGUGUUCCGCACUCAUGAGAUGUUUGUGAAUGCGAUAAAACAGUACCUGUGCGUGGCUCUGUCCAAGAACGGAGUCUCCUCUGUGCCUGAGGUCUUUGAGCUCUCCCUGGCAAUCUUUCUCACCCUGCUCUCACACUUUAAAGUUCACCUGAAGAUGCAGAUUGAGGUGUUCUUCAGAGAGAUCUUUUUGACCAUCCUUGAGACGUCGUCCAGCUCCUUUGAGCACAAGUGGAUGGUCAUCCAGACCCUGACCCGCAUCUGUGCAGAUGCUCAAUGUGUGGUGGAUAUCUAUGUGAACUAUGACUGUGACCUGAAUGCGGCUAACAUCUUUGAGCGGCUGGUGAAUGACUUGUCUAAGAUAGCUCAGGGCAGAAGUGGGCAGGAGUUGGGUAUGACCCCACUACAGGAACUAAGUUUACGGAAGAAGGGCCUGGAGUGUUUGGUUUCUAUUCUGAAGUGUAUGGUAGAAUGGAGCAAAGACCUGUAUGUCAACCCCAACUUGCAAACCAACCUAGGCCAGGAGCGUCCAGCAGACGGCGAGAAUGCUGAACUGAAGCUUCCGGAACACCUGGCGUCACGUAGAGACAGCGCCAGCUCUUUAGAUUCCACUGUCUCCUCCAGUGUCCAGCAGUCUCAACCAGACCACCCCGAGCAGUACGAGGUCAUCAAACAGCAGAAAGAGAUUAUUGAACAUGGAAUUGAACUAUUCAACAAAAAACCCAGGAAAGGCGUACAGUACCUUCAGGAGCAGGGCAUGCUGGGAACCUCACCAGAGGAUAUUGCCCAGUUUCUGCACCAGGAAGAGCGUCUUGACACAACUCAGGUGGGUGAGUUCCUCGGGGAGAACGUGAAGUUUAAUAAGGAGGUGAUGUAUUGCUACGUGGACCAGCUGGACUUUUGUGGCAAAGACUUUGUGUCUGCCCUGCGUGUCUUCCUGGAGGGCUUCAGGCUCCCUGGUGAGGCGCAGAAAAUUGAUCGGCUCAUGGAGAAGUUCGCAGCCCGCUACCUUGAAUGUAACCAGGGACAGACACUGUUUGCUAGUGCUGACACAGCAUAUGUCCUGGCUUACUCGAUCAUCAUGUUAACUACAGACCUGCACAGUCCACAGGUGAAAAACAAGAUGACAAAGGAGCAGUAUAUCAAGAUGAAUCGCGGCAUUAAUGACAGUAAAGACCUGCCAGAAGAAUACCUGUCCUCUAUUUAUGAUGAGAUUGCAGGCAAGAAGAUUGCCCUGAAGGAGAGUAAAGAGUACUCCAUCACACCCAAGUCGAGCAAACAGAAUGUAGCCAAUGAGAAGCAGAGAAGGUUACUGUAUAACAUGGAGAUGGAGCAGAUGGCAAAGACGGCAAAAGCCCUUAUGGAGGCAGUGAGUCACGCCCAAGCCCCCUUCUUCAGUGCCACCCACCUGGAGCACGUCCGGCCCAUGUUUAAGUUGGCCUGGACACCAUUAUUAGCAGCUUUCAGUGUGGGGUUGCAAGACUGUGAUGACCAGGAGGUGGCGUCUCUGUGCCUGGAAGGAAUCCGCUGUGCCAUUAGAAUUGCCUCUAUCUUCAGCAUGCAGUUGGAGCGUGAUGCAUACAUCCAGGCUUUGGCCAGGUUCACUCUGCUGACUGCCAGCUCCAGCAUCACAGAGAUGAAGCAAAAGAACAUUGACACUAUAAAGACCCUCAUCACAGUGGCACACACUGAUGGAAACUACCUGGGCAACUCGUGGCACGAGAUUCUGCGGUGUAUCAGUCAGCUGGAGUUGGCCCAGCUGAUAGGCACAGGGGUGAAGACACGCUACAUAUCUGGGGUGGUCCGAGACCAAGGGGGAGGCCUUAAGGGCUUCCCCACAGGGAGUGAGGAGUUCAUGCCCCUUGGGCUAGGCACUUUGGUUGGGGGUCCAGACAAGCGUCAGAUGGCUCAUAUUCAGGAAUCGGUGGGAGAGACGAGCUCACAGAGCGUCGUGGUGGCUGUUGACAGAAUCUUCACUGGGUCCACCAGGCUUGAUGGAAAUGCAAUUGUGGACUUUGUGCGGUGGUUGUGUGCUGUCUCCAUGGACGAGCUGGCCUCUGCUCACCAACCACGCAUGUUCAGCUUGCAGAAGAUAGUGGAGAUCUCCUAUUACAACAUGAACCGUAUCCGUCUGCAGUGGUCCCGCAUCUGGCAAGUCAUAGGAGACCAUUUCAAUAAGGUGGGUUGUAACCCUAAUGAGGAUGUGGCCAUCUUUGCUGUGGACUCUUUGCGACAACUCUCCAUGAAGUUCCUCGAGAAAGGAGAGCUCGCCAAUUUCCGCUUCCAGAAGGACUUCCUGCGACCGUUUGAACACAUUAUGAAGAAGAACAGAUCCCCCACGAUCCGUGACAUGGUGAUCCGCUGUGUGGCUCAGAUGGUCAAUUCCCAGGCUGCUAAUAUCCGCUCUGGCUGGAAGAACAUCUUCUCCGUCUUCCACCAGGCGGCAUCUGACCAUGAUGAGACCAUAGUGGAGCUGGCCUUCCAGACAACAGGCCACAUUGUCAUGAACACUUUUAAAGAGCACUUUGCAGCAGCAAUUGACUCUUUCCAGGAUGCUGUGAAAUGUCUGUCAGAGUUUGUGUGCAACGCUGCAUUUCCUGACACUAGCAUGGAGGCCAUCAGGCUCAUCCGCCACUGUGCAAAAUAUGUGUCGGAACGGCCACAGGCUUUAAGAGAGUACACUAGCGAUGAUAUGAAUGUUGCCCCUGGUGACAGGGUGUGGGUGCGAGGUUGGUUCCCCAUCCUGUUUGAGCUGUCCUGUAUCAUUAACCGCUGCAAACUGGAUGUCAGGACCAGAGGCCUCACGGUCAUGUUUGAGAUCAUGAAGAGUUAUGGGAGCACAUUUGAGAAGCACUGGUGGCACGACCUCUUCCGGAUCGUCUUCCGCAUCUUUGACAACAUGAAGCUUCCGGAACAGCAGACUGAGAAAACGGAGUGGAUGACGACCACGUGUAACCAUGCGCUCUAUGCCAUCUGUGACGUGUUCACGCAGUUCUAUGAGCCUCUCAGUGAGGUGCUGCUGGCCGAUAUCUUCGCCCAGCUACAGUGGUGUGUCAGACAAGAUAAUGAGCAGCUGGCACGGUCAGGGACAAACUGCCUUGAGAAUCUGGUUAUCUUGAAUGGGGAGAAGUUUAGCCCUGAGGUGUGGGAUGUGACUUGUGCCUGCAUGCUGGAGAUCUUCCAGACCACCAGUCCUCAUGUCUUGUUGACAUGGCGACCGGCCGGGCAGGAAGAAGAGGCGGGAGACGGGAAACACAUGGAUGUGGAGGUGGAUUCUCAAUCUCAAAGCAGCUUUGAGAGGGGACAAAGUCAGAUGUCUACAGCCAGUGAUGAAACCUGGAAGGGAAAAUCCCAUGCCAAAGUGUCCGAUCAGAAGCUGUUUGCUGGUCUGCUCAUUAAAUGUGUGGUCCAGCUGGAGCUGAUUCAGACCAUAGACAACAUUGUUUUCUACCCUUCCACCAGCAAGAAGGAAGAUGCAGAGAACAUGGCUGCUGCACAGAGAGAUGCCCUAGUGGAGGCUGAUGAGGGAGGUAUAGGGGAGGGUCAGGCCGACCAGGGCAUGUAUAAACACCUGGCUCCUCAGCACCUCUUUAAGCUGCUUGACUGUCUGCUGGAGUCCCACACCUUUGCCAAAGACUUCAACUCCAACAACGAGCAGAGGACUGCACUCUGGAGAGCUGGCUUCAAAGGGAAGUCGAAACCCAACCUGCUGAAGCAGGAGACCAGCAGUCUGGCCUGCAGUCUGCGGAUCCUUUUCUGUAUGUACUCAGACCAGAAACUCCAGGACUCCUGGCCAGAUAUCCAAACACGCUUGCUACGCGUCUGCCGUGAGGCUUUGGCCUACUUUAUCAAUUUGACCUCAGAAAGUCACAGAGAAGCCUGGACCAGCCUACUGCUCCUACUACUCACCAGAACCCUUAAACUCCCUGAUGACAAGUUCAAACCCCAUGCCUCCUGUUACUACCCCCACCUGUGUGAGAUGAUGCAGUUUGACCUCAUUCCGGAAUUGCGCGCCGUGCUACGGCGCUUCUUCCUCCGCAUCGGCUCAGUCUUCCACAUCGCUGCCCCUGAAGUGGGGCACACACGCUCCCCAUCGUCCUAAUGAACUGCACAGACGGGCAGAACGGAGACUGUGGUCAGAUAGCACAAGUGUCCCUUGGCUGGAGCGCUGAUGUGAAGGACUGUGCAGGGCUGUGGAGAACUGGCAUUGGGGCUCCAUCACAGUUUGGUCCAAAGAUGUCGUCUGUAUGUGUGUCUUAUGAUCAACACCUGAGCCCUCCUCAUACAAAAGAAAAGCAACGAGACAGGGGAGAGCUGCACUCUUGGCUGAUUGUGUUAUUAUGUGAUAUGUGUUUGAGGGGGCAGAAGAUGAGGAUAUCUGCGUUAAUAAUAAUUUAUUACUGAUACUGGUGUGUAUCCUGUCCCUCAUUUUGUUUGCUGGUUUAUUUGUUUGUUCUGUGUUGUUCUCUGCCAACUUUGUUUGUCUCUUUUUUGUUGUUGUUGUUGUUUGUUUGUUUUUUUGCUGAAUACUGAACAAACAUUGAUAUGCAGAAAGAUGGGCUGAAUAUGAGAUGCCAUGAUUUCACAAUUUCCUGUUGAGGUCUUUUGGUCAAUAUAAGCUUGUAAAUAACAGCUAGAUUUGCAACGCUGUGCCUAUGACAAAAAUAUAAACAGUCAUAUCACUAAUAACAAACAGGUGCAUCUUACAUAUGUUGUCUUUGUUGUACGGUCAUUUAAAAUACCAUUAGCAAUUCUUUGCAGUUCAGGGACAUUCCAGUGUUUUUUGCCACAGUGGGAGGCAAGCUUUACAACUGAUGCAUCUGAGGCUGUUGUCAAAGAAGCCUUUCCCUUUGUCUGGAUAUUACUUUUAUGCCCUAAUAUAAUCCAUAUAUGUAUUGAUAACUGCAGGAGAGUUCAAUAUCUAAUGGUGGUGUUUUCACCAGCCCAUUCUUUUUCAUAAUUAAGCACACACUACUACUACACCCUUCAUCACAGUGUUUUGAAAUACAUCCUCUGUGUGCUUAUUAAUGUAAAUGUUUCUUUUUCUAGUUCUCUUAUAUUUAAUGCCAGUUGCACUGGACAUGUAGUUUUAGGAGGGUUUAUGCCUUUUUGCAUUCCAAAGUUGUUUUAACUUUUUUAGGGGAACUACAGCUACUCAAAAACCUGAUUCUCAGAAGAGGAGAGUUGCUUGGUUAACAAGCUGUCUCUACACAAACAUCCUUCUUUUUUUUUUCUUUGGCAUCAUUUCUUCUUUUCAUUUCCUUACUGUCCAUCCUGUCCUAUGCUGCUGACACUCUUUAAGUAUGAAUGUGUCAGGUCGCUUGCUUCAUCUAGUGCUGGUCAGUGUUGUCAUACCAAGAGUGAUGUAAGACAGGAAAGAAUAGAAAUAUCAUUACAUGACACGACUCACACAGACUCAAUUUAAACCAAGCAGUAUCAAGACCAUACAUAACCAAGUAAUGAUAAAGCCCCCGAUACCUUUUUAAUGAUGAUGUAUGUAAUUCUAUAAAGUGCAUUUAAAUAUUUUCAGAAACACAUUCCCUUGCAACCAUGGAUGUCCACUUAAUUUCCCCUGAAUAAAGGGUGUUAUAUAAAUAUAUACAGUAUAUGAAGAAAUACAAA